AUGGUGCAAGAAAUGUUUGGAUUGCCAGCGAUCAAAAAUAUCACGACACACCAAAACCCCUCUUGGUCAAUUUCUAACUGCGGUCGACAGAUUUCGACACGUCCACUUGGACAUUGUGGGACCACUUUCCCCAUCGCAGGGAUACACUUACAUCCAAACGUGUAUCGAUCGCCUGAUGCUAUUCCCCUGAAAGAUCUGUCCGCCGAAAGUGUUGCUAACGCUUUCUUUUCAGGAUGGGUUGCUCGGUUCGGUGUGCCAGAGAUUAUCACGACUGACCAAGGUCGUAACUUUGAAAGUAAUUUAUUUUUAGCGCUUUCGAAGUCUCUGGGUACCAAACGUAAUAGAACCACAGCUUACCACCCAUCUGCAAAUGGCUUGAUCGAACGCUUUCACCGGCAGUUAAAGGGAGCUCUCAGGUGUAGUCUCGCCGGCACUGAAAGAUGGAUAGAGAAAUUGCCAAUCGUCUUCCUGGGAAUACGAACUGCCUUAAAGGAAGAUCUUAGCAACUCAACAGCAGAGCUGGUAUACGGCUGUAAUCAUCCCCAGCCUGGCGAAUUUUUUUCUUCUAUAUCAGGUACGAAGUCUCCACAGCAACUGCUACUAUCUUUGAAGGAGCACUUCCGGUAG